AUGCCGAUUCGCAUAUCAAUGAACGGUGCUAAACUGAAGACUGAAAGGUCCUGCAGCACAUACAGAAAAUGUGUUGAAGCUAUGAGAAACAAUACCCUUACAUGCAAUAAACGGACGAAUGGCACGUCUUGUACUGGUUGUUGCGUCGGACACUUAUGUAACAAGAAUGAUUUCAUUGGCUGGACCAAAUCCCUCGUAUUUCGUUUGAUUUUUAAAAAGUUCAACGAAUAUAAAAUCCCUGCUGAGAACAUAUCAAGAGCCAUGGAGCAUGAGUUUUUAACCGUGACUGGAAAAUUCCGAGUUGAAUAUCCUGGUGUUCAAAGUCAACUGCGGCGCAAUAUCUCCCAAGGUUUGAACCAAUUCCAGGCAUUGCUCAACAUGAAUUUGCUUGAUGAAAGUUCAAGUACUGGUAAUGGAACAGAUAGAACAGCAGAAACAAACUUUUGAGUGAAAAUCGAAAAAGAGCCUCCAAGAAUCGUCUUUGAUGAUAUUUUAUGCUAUAAAACGAUAUUUUCUGCAUAUAUAAUACAAAAAUAAAAUUU